AUGAUCAACAUGCAGUCCUUCGAAAGAGAGAAGGAAACCCGCAAGAACAGGGUCUCUGAGAUGCCUCAUUCCCAGUUCAACCUGAAUGAUCGCCACCUCACUUUCAGCCCCAACGAGGGGACCCAAUACAUGUCUCAAAACACAAUCUACCCAGCGGCGCAGAGUUCAGGCAAUGGCCAAUAUACCUUCGGUGGAUUAAACCGGCCGCGGAUCAAGAAAGAGUUUCCCGAUGAGAAUGACCAGCGAAGCAAAACCUGGGACAGGUACAAUCCAUUGACCAUCAAACAAGAACCAAACAUCAAACAGGAACCAGGAAUCAAAAUGGAACCACAGGAGGUCAACAAUACCCAGCAAGUUGAAGGCCGUCUCGUCAUUGACCUCACAGAAGAUGACGACAAUUCAUCAAUUCAAAAACGUCCGAUGCCGCGUGCUGAAAUAUGGACUGCCAUCCAAAAGCGCCAGAAGACGGCUAUGACGCCGAUUGAAAUCAUUGACCACCCGGUCGAAAGCUUGUUCGUACAGGAUGAUGAUUCCCGACGAUCUAUCUCUCCCAACACCAGUAAUCCGUUUCUUGAGCUAGGUGAAGAUCAUGUUUCUGAAUUCAAUGAACACCAGAAACAAUUUCAAAGCCUGCAAUCCCCUUCCAUCGAACAGCAGAUUGAGUUCGAAAAGCGAAGAGAAAAAGAGCUCCAACGAAGGAGAAAGGUUAAGAAUGACAAGCUUUGCAAUUUGACUGCACAGGCAGAAUUGGAAGAGGGGUCCGAGGGUGAUAUUUCUUCUCGUCCUGCCGUGGAAGAACAGCCUCAACCCAAAGACGCUCAGCCCAAAAAGCAAACUCAGUCAGAGCUGAAAAUUCCUGCUAGAGUAAAGCGAGCGGUUACACGAGUCUCAAAAGCGGGGACUCAAAAGGCCAAAGAAAUUGGCCUUGCCCAGUUGCUUUUAAAGGAAGGGCAUCGAAAGCGUGCUAAGGCUAACGAACCUGAACCUGAACCUGAACCUGAACCUGAACCUGAAACGGAGCAAGCACCUGAAGCAAAAGGAAACCGGAAAAAAUCCCGACGUCCACACAUGUUAUUGUCAAAUGAAGAAAUCCGAAGCAUUUUCCAAAGCGAUGGUGGUCCCAAAAAAGGAAAGGACCCGUUACCCCGCGGGUUUGUCUCCACGGAGAAAAACAAGCAGAAGGCCUUCAGAGAGAUGAUCGCUAGUAUCCCAGUUGCAGAACAGGCUGAAGCACGUGAAGACCUAUCCAUCCUGGAUGAAGCGGCGCAGACUUUUAAUCCAUCAGCACGGCCAGACGGUCAAGGGAAAUGGAAGGUUAGAGGGCUGCUAACAUGCCUCAUGGUGAACCAAGUAUUGGCUGGCUCUUGGAUGAUCAAACGCGAGACUUCUUCGAGCAAGCCGAACGGUGGUUUACUCUGUGAUGUGAUGGGCUUUGGCAAGACCCUGUCGGCACUGGCGUGCAUUGUGAAUCAAAAAGUGCCAACUGAGCCAGAAGGUCCGACACUGAUUGUCGCCCCGAGAAAUUUGAUAGAGACCUGGAUGUUGCAGAUUAGGCAACAUUGUGACCGUGUGGCAGCCGGGACCGUCAUUGCACAUUGUUCUGGUGCACGCGUGAAGACCAAUAACCUCGUCCACUAUCUGAAACAAUGCAGCAUUGUGUUGACAACGUACUCAGAUAUAUCUUCUUCCUAUCCUGGUCUAAAGCUGCCCCCUGAACUGAAGAAUGAAGCCGCCACCGAAAAGUGGUGGAAUCGGGAAUAUGAUGAGAAAGCCGGCGUCUUUCAUCAAAUCCACUGGCACAGGAUCAUUGUCGAUGAAGCACACAUCAUCAGGAACAGGAUGACCAGAACAUCGAUUGCAGUUCGUUCUUUAAGUGGGAAUUUCAAAUGGGCUUUAACCGGUACACCUCUGCACAACUCCGUUGAUGAACUUUAUGCUUUAUUUACAUUCAUCGAUGUCCCCAACAGCUACCCCUACGAUGUGUUCACGCAUAACUUUUGCAAUGGGACGCACCAUGCUAAAAAUCGGUUGAUCAAUACGCUUCGCGCCAUCAUCCAUCGCAAGACACACGACAGCCGUCAUAUGGGAAGGCCCUUCAUCGAGCUCAAAAGAUUCGAUCUGAAGGAGGUCAAGAUUGAGUUCUACCCUGCCGAGAAACAGAUCUACAACGCAAUCGCGGAGAAGUUUCUCGAGAAAGUCAAUGCUACUCAAAUGAAAAAGCAGAGAAAAUGUGUUUUGACGAUGAUCCUAAAGCUACAGAUGUUCGCUAGUCAUCCACUUACCGCAGAAGAUUACCUCAAACGAGUGUGUAAUUUCAACAGCACACUGGUUACACAGCUAAAAGGUUGGGUUAAGGAUGAAACAAGCCCAGGAAAUCCGUCUCCAUCAAGCAAAAUUGCGAAGUGUUGUCUUGCAGGGAAAUACCAAACCGGAAUGCCUACAGCUCCUUUGAGGUCUCGAACAGAAAGUGAAAAUCUUCGACUACGGCCGCCCGGAAAUUGCGCAAAGCUUGUUUCAAAGUUCGAGGAUAAAAUCAGAGAGCUUGUUAGGCACGAAGCAUACUAUGAGAGUGAUCAUCGCACAUGGUUUUGUCCUGGCUGUGACGGGCUCCCAACAAGGGCUAUUAUCACGGACUGUCAACACCUUUACUGCGAAGAUUGCUUCGACGCACUCCCCGAUGAAGGAGGAAAUACUGAUGGUGUCGCUCGAUCGUGCUGUGAGUGCAGAAUCCCUAUUAAAAAGGCUGCAUUCUACGGAAUCUACGAUGACUUCCACACACCUCCACUGGAGGCUGCCGAGUCUUCUUCUCUUGGAUCAGCGGGCCAGCAAAAGCGACCAGCCACGCCAGGGACAAGAACAGCAAGUGAAGGUCAAUCCAAGAGACGCCAGGCUAGUAAAAGCCGUGGUUCCACUUUCUCAGAAUGGUUAUUGGCCGAUGGAAACCUAAUCACAUUUGACGACGAAAGCAACGACAGCGAAGAUGAGCACCAAGAUGGAGCGGAAGACAAAAACCCCGACGAGGAUGAUGUUCCCUGUGAAGAAGAGUUUGACCAAGAACAAGACUGGAUAGCAGAAUUCGGGAGAUCCAUGCCAGGCGCCAAAUUUGCUGUAAUCAUGUCUCAAGCCAAAAAGUGGUUCGAAGAAGACAGCACCGCAAAGAUCGUGAUCUUUACGCAGUAUGUCAACAGCACCAGGCUUUUGAAGUACUUGUGUGAGGACAACAACUGGAAAUGCUCCCAAAUUACGGGUCGAAUGGCCAACAGAUCACGAGAAAUUCAUCUAGACAAUUUCCGGGAUGACGAUGAAACCAAGAUUAUGAUUGCGUCGAUUAAGACAGGUGGUCUAGGUCUUGAUUUCUCUGUGGCGAACAAGUGCAUCCUGGUUGACCUAUGGUGGAAUGAGCCUGUCCAAGACCAAGCGUUCUUUCGUCUUUGGCGGAUUGGUCAACAGCGAGAUGUCGAAUGCAUCAUUUUAAUGGUCAAGUCGUCCAUUGACGAUUGGAUGGACAGGACCCAGAAGCGCAAAGCCAAGGAGAUCAGCGAAGUCAUGAGUCAAAAUGUGCUCAUGGACCGAAGCACCCUCAGAGAACUGCUGGAGAUGUUCGGUGAAGUCAUUGAUGACCCAAAGAAGGGAUUCAGGGUCUUAACGCACAAAGAUGCGGCCCAAAGUGCGUCAAAUCCAGCGCGCACUCGCGCACCCAAACCUACGCCCAAAGUUGCUGCCAGAGCCAUUGCCACAGAAAGGGCCAUUUGCUCUGCGCCUAAUAAAUGGAGUUAG